CCGAUGGGUGCCCGAUUAUGUCAGGUCGCCCGAUGGGUUCGGGCGUGGGUCUCAGUAUAGACCCAUGGGUAGGGCCAUGGGCAGACUCUCAACCCGAUUAGGGAUCCGGGCGUGGGUCUAACUGAGGUCUACCCGGUCAAACCUGACCCGACUGCUAGGUUGAGUCGUCCCCGUAGCCUGCACCGCAUGGAGGGAUGAGGCAAAGAGGGAGGUGUCAGAAAUGUGUUCCGUAGCGCAAAGCGAGAGAUGAUCGAGAAGAAGAAGAUGAUGAUGUCCUUAAGCUUCUCUGCAGGACCCCUACCGCCGGGCAGCACCGCCCCUCGCCGCUGCUGCGCCUUGUUCCCGGCCUCCUGCUUCUGCUGCUCAUCUCGCGGCCGGCACCGACGUCGGCAUCGAUGUUGGUCUAAUGCAUUCGUUGUUGGUUCCAUCUUGGAAAUGAAAAUGGAAAUGGGCGCGAGGUUCUCAUGGCCGGGGCUCGCAUGUACAUGGGCGUGGAGGAGGUGAUCGGGACGGAGCUCUUCUACUACUUCGUGGAGUCGGAGCGGAGCCCCGGCGCGGACCCACGCUCCUCUGGCUCACCAGCGGGGCCUCGCUGCCCCAGCUACAACGCCUAUGCCUUCGAAGUCGGUCCUGUAAAGUUCGUGUUGGCAUCGUACGACGGUGGUUUGCCGCAGCUGGUAUACAACCCCUUGUCAUGGACCAAGAUGGCAAGCAUCAUCUUCUUGGACUCACCCGUCAACUCCGGUUUCUCAUACGCGCGCGACCCCAAGGGUUGCGACGACGUCGGGGACUACUGAGCUUUGCUAGACGUACGGAGUUUUACAGGAGGUUUACAGGUUGCUUAAUAGUGAUUGGCCGAGGAUUGAUUAAGAUGCACGGGCCCACCGGUGAAA